GACGGCGCGCCGCUGCUUCGCGUCGCCGUCGACGGCGGCGGGUGCUCCGGGUUCCAGUACAGCUUCUCCCUGGACUCCGCGCCGGGGGUGAAGCCGAACGACCGGGUGUUCGAACGCGACGGCGCCAGGGUCGUCGUCGACGACGUCUCGUUGACGUUCUUGAAGGGCGCGACGGUGGACUACGUCGAGGAGAUGAUCAAGAGCUCGUUCGCGAUAUCGGAUAACCCGAACGCAGAGAGCGGGUGCGGGUGCGGGUCCUCGUUCGUCGCGAAGUGA